AUGUUUGCCAUAGCUUCUCCAUCAUCUUCUUCUUCUUCCAAGAAAUAUGAUGUGUUUCUGAGUUUCAGAGGAGAGGAUACUCGCAGAUCCUUCACCAGCCAUCUCCAUGAUGCCUUGUGCCGCGGGGAUAUUAAGACAUACAUAGAUUAUGAGCUCCCAAAAGGUGAUGACAUCUCCCAAUCACUCAUUGAAGCAAUUCAGGAUUCAUCCAUCUCUGUGGUGGUCUUCUCUCAAAACUAUGCCACUUCAAAAUGGUGUUUGAAUGAGCUCCUUGAGAUCCUUCGCUGCAAACAACAUCAGGCACAGAUUGUUGUUCCUAUCUUCUACAAAAUUGACCCAUCUCAUGUACGCAAACAAAACGGAGCUUAUGAGAAAGCAUUCACAGAACAUUUGGAGAAAAACUCAGAGAAGGCGAAAGAGUGGAAACAAGCACUUGUUAAGAUUGCAAAUCUAGCAGGAUGGGACUCCUGCAACUACAGGGAUGAAGCAGAACUCAUUCAAAAUAUUGUCACGGACAUCAACAAAAAACUAAACCGUGGGUCCCCAACAACUGUAUUAGAAAAUAUUGUUGGAAUUGAUGAGAAUUUAGAUCAAAUUGAGUCGUUGUUAGAAGAAUUCUCAACAAUUGGGAUUUGGGGGAUGGGCGGGAUGGGCAAAACAACAAUGGCUAAGGUUGUAUUUGCCAAGCUCCGCUCUCAAUUUGAUAGUUGCUGCUUCUUGGAAAAUUUUAGGGAAGAGUCAGAAAAGCAUGGGUCAAAAUAUGUACGUGACAAACUUUUCAGUGCACUAUUGAAGGAUACAUCUCUUGGAAGGCUCAGUCAUAGAAAAGUUUUGAUUGUACUUGAUGAUGUUAGCAACACGCAGAAGUUAGAUGAUUUGGAAAGGGAAGCUCCUCAUUUGGGACCUGGUAGUAAAGUCAUCAUAACAAGUAGAGAUAAGCAAGUGCUUAAUGGAAGAGUUGAGAGAAUACAUGAGGCCAAGGCAUUGAGCUACAACAAUUCCCUUGAGCUUUUCAACCAUAAAGCCUUCCGCAAACACGGUUUUAAAGGUGAAUAUAAAGAGCUAGUUGAAAGAGCUCUUGCUUAUGCCCAAGGCGUUCCAUUAGCCUUAACCAUUUUGGGUUCAUUCCUUUAUUCCAGAACCGUACAACAAUGGGAAAGUGCAUUGAGGAAAUUGGAAAGGAAAGCCGAUAAAGAUAUUCAAGCUGUGUUAGAAUUGAGCUAUGACGGACUUGAUGAUGAAGCGAAGGAUAUAUUUUUAGACAUUGCUUUUUUUUUUAAAGGUGAAUGGGGAGAAUAUGUAAAAGCAACGCUAGAGGGCUCUGGCUUUCACGCAAGCAUUGGCUUGGGAAUUCUUGUGGAUAAGGCGUUGAUAAGUUUUCGUUAUGGUGUGGUAUGGAUGCAUGAUUUAAUUCAAUCAAUGGCUUUCGAAAUUGUUCGCAAAGAGUGUAAGAAUCCAGGAGGACGUAGUCGACUAUGGAAUUCCGAUGAGAUCAUCGACGUCCUAAAAAAUAAUCAAGGAAGUGAUGCAAUUCAAGGCAUAAGUUUAAGUUUGUCUCAAAUUAAAGAAUUACAAUUGAGUGCUGAUUCCUUUGGAAAGAUAACAAAUUUAAGGGUUCUGAAAAUCUAUUCAUUCACACAUAGAAGAUCGUGUGUUGUGAAUCUUCCUUCAGGGCUUGAAUCAUUUCCCAAUUCGUUAAGGUAUCUUCAGUGGGACAAUUUUCCUUUAAAGUCUUUACCAUUGUCAAUUUGUGCCGAGAAGCUAGUUGAACUUCGGAUGCCUGGUAGCUGCCUUCAAAAACUAUGGGAUGGCAAGCAGGACUUGGUGAAUUUGAGGCAUGUAAACCUUAUGGAAUCCGAAAAAUUGAUAGAGUUGCCAGAUUUGUCAGCAGCUAAAACACUUAAAUACAUUGAACUUGGAUACUGUGAAAGUUUAUGCCAUCUUCAUCCAUCCAUUUUAUCUCUUCCGAGAUUGAAGUAUGUGGAUCUUGCGCAUUGCAAAAACCUAAAGAGUUUGAAAACAGAGAGUCAAUCAAAAUCGCUCUUGCGACUAAAUGUGGCUAGGUGCUCUGGUCUCAAGGAAUUUUCAUUCUCUUCGGACAAACUUACUUUUUUAUGUUUACAUACCUCACCAGUCGAGAAUAUAGACUUUUCAAUGGGGCAUAUGGAGAACCUUUGGAGACUCUCUCUUAAUGGUUUGAAACUAAAGAAUCUUCCAAUUAACGACAUUUGUUGCAUGAGAUCUCUUAAACAGCUUGCUCUUGAUUAUUGCACCGGAGUGAUUGACAAAUCAAAGCUCCAUAGCUUAUUUGAUGCUUUGCGAUAUCUGGAAUCACUUUCUUUGAGAGGGUCAUGCACAUUAACGGAACUUCCAGACAAUAUCAAGCAUCUCUCGAGGCUACAGUCUCUUGAUGUAAGCUAUUGCAGGGACCUUCAAUCUUUACCGGAGCUUCCUCCAUCCAUUGAAGAAUUACAUGCCAACAGCUGCACAUCAUUAAAGACGCUACAAUUCACUUCUCAUAUUGAAUCUCCAUCAUUGGCAGAUGAAAUAAUGUUGGGUUCAAACCCCCGUUCAUCAGUUAGUUAUCUCCAAAACCUUCGAGAGCUUAGUCUUGGUGGUUGUGAACAGUUGUAUGAACUUCCUGAAAGCAUCGGCUCCUUGUCUUCAUUGUCUUCACUGGAUUUGAGUGGUUGUGAACAGUUGUAUGAACUCCCUGAAAGCAUCGGCUCCUUAUCUUCAUUGUCUUCACUGGAUUUGAGUGGAAGUACUGUAGCGAGCUUGCCUGCUAGUAUCAAGUAUCUCUCAAAUCUAAAAGACAUACGCUUGACCAAUUGUACAAGACUUCGUUCUCUGCCAGAACUGCUGCCAUCCACAGAAACCGUCUUCGCUUGUGGUUGCAUAUCAUUGGAGAUUGUACCCAUUUCAAUACCUUUUGCACCACAAUUGAAGUUGCUACUUCUGAGAGAUUGCUUGAAAUUGGAGAACUGCUCUCUGUCUCAUGUGACGGAAAGUACUUAUUUCUUAAUGAAGCGAUUGGUGUACACAAACCGAGGCGGUGCUGUCUGUUACCCUGGAAUAAAAGUUCCAAAGUGGUUUGGAUCUAAUGAGAGAACAGAGGCUUCCAACUGUAUAACUAUUGAGUCUCCUUCAGCCACAAACGACCUAAUCGGCUUCAUCUUUUGCUGUAUUCUUUCUCGGCAUUCCUAUAACGAUGAUGUGCGAUGCCAAAUUUAUUUUGAUGGUAAGCGGUGCGUAUCCUCAAAGUUUGGUUUGUAUGCGGAUGAGCAUUUGCAAUGUUAUGAUGAUGAAAAUUCGGAAUUUUAUGAUGAUGAAAAUUCGGAAUCACGUCAUGUUUUUUUGUGGUGUGAUCCUGACCAAUCGAUAAACUUCCACAAAGCAACGGACAAUCAAAACACCAAUUACAGGCCAAAGGUGUCAUUUGAAUUCUCUGUUGCCAACUUUGAAGAGAAGCUCGUUGAUUGUGUGAUUGAAGCAUGUGGAGUCUUCCCAAUAUAUGCCUCGAAAUAUCACGACUUCAUUCAACAAAUGGGACGGGAGCCAAACUUGGGUACCCAAAAAGAGUCCUGUCAUUAUGCUGAUGAGAAUUCAUUUCAUGAAAUGCUCCAAUAUGUUAGAUUCUCAUUGAAGCAAGGAGAAUGUGGCAAUUUUGAAGGAAGUACUAUUCCAGAGUGGUUUACUUACAAAAGUUCAAUGACAGAGUACGGAGUUUUGCGUGUGAGUGUUCAGGUUGCUCCAGAUUUUGAAAACUUAAUAGGUUUCAUUUUCUGCUUUGUCAUGCCUCAUUUCUCCUCAAAAGAAAGGGAUCAAUGUCACUCAUCAUGUGAAUGCAACUGGCAUGACGCGGAAAAUUCUCUCUUCUUUUUGCAAGGUCCAACAGGGUGGCACUAUUCAAUGGAAAAAUUGAAUUCAUAUGAUAAUGUGUUUCUAUGGUAUGAUCCCCUCUAUUGUGAACACCUACUACACAAACUGCGAACAGAGGGAAAAGGUUAUAAUGAGGAGCUUGAAUUUAAAUUUGAGUUUGGUGAUGGCGAGAUCCAUGAAUGGGGGCUUUAUAGUCGUGAUUGCUUGAUCAAAGAAUGUGGAGUACGGCCUAUAUAUGUCUCAGAGUAUACAAACUUCCUGCAACAAAAGAAAGUGGAGGUAAGUAUGCCAAAAAAGAGGCAUCGGAAUAUUGAUGAUGACCAAAAUCGACUCCCUUCAACAAAGAAAUUGAAGGACUCUUAUAUAGAUGUUAUUCAAUCUAUUCCCCUGAAUUCUGAGUCCAAGAUAUCUCAUUAUGCUGAUGAGUUGCUACUUAUGCUGUCCCAAUUGAAUUUGGAAUCUACAGAGAAACACACUCAUCACAAAUAA